AUGGCGACGUUACGCAUUGGGUACUACGAUCCUGUUCGCCGCACCCGGGAUAAGAAAAAUGUUGCGUUUUGGUACGAAGACAAGAAGUUGUACUUCCAUGUACUGUUCGAGACAAAAGAAACUGCUUUGCUAUUUGAAACUGACUUAAGAAUCGGCCCGCAAACGUUGGGCUCAGAGUUAUAUGACCAAGUUGUUGAGACACGCGUUGAACAAAUUAAUGCCGUGUCUGCUGGGCUCCAGCGCGUCUUCCACACUGACUAUGUUCCAGACGAGUCCGAUUCUCCCGAAAAAACAAUUUCUUCCGUAUCAUUGACUACAAGCGUUUCCAUUCUGGACCCUUUGACUGACGAGUUCAAAUAUCAGCGAAUCGAGCACAAAAAUCUCUUCAUCCCGUAUGGCAAGGCAGAAAGCUGUCAUUUGGUGUCGAAAAAGCAAAGCAGAGACCACAAACGAAAAUAUGCUAAGUACGAUCGCGAUCCAAACAAUUGGCUUGCUCUUUCUCGCGAGAUGCAUGGUUGGUAUGAAGGGUUGAACACCCAGCUUCCCAUCGUCAACAUGCUUUCCGGAUCCGUUGAAAAGAAUCCAUCUAUAGGCAAUAGACGCAAGGUGGAGGUGAUUGUGAAGGUUGUAGAUGCACAGUGCACAGAUCUUGUUUUCAGUCGUUUGAAAAACGGAUCAACCAAGACCGACGAUCCGCUCGUGAUGAAGACAUUUGUUUACUUGGAGAAUCCAGAAACGUUUCGUUUUUGUAUGAGGUGGAAGUAUGAUGACAACGAUACGCGCCAGAGAAGCUUCUUUGAUAUGAUUCCGGCGGCCAAUUAA